GUUUAUACUGAAUCGGUUCUGUGGAGUUUUCUCGAAAAUCAAGUUUUUUAUUAAUUAUUGCAACAAUGGAAGAUACAAGAAACUUCAGAUCGAGUUAUUAUGAAAAAGUUGGAUGUCGAAGUGUUGAGGAAAAGAAAAAUUUAGAAAUCAUUCUUAAAGAAAAUCCAGUAACACUUUCAAAACUGAGAAAUUUUGCGAAACGAUUUGCAAUUCCAUCGAUACAUCGAGCAUUACUUUAUGAAGUUAUUCUUGGAGUUUUUCCUGUUUAUAUGGAAUCGAAAGAAUUCAUUAUGAAUCAACAACGAGAAAUUUUCAAUGAUCUGAAACGAGCUUUGGAAGUUAUGCAUAUGAUUGAUGGGAAAACACCUAAAAGUAAAGUUAUCUUUGCAAUGUGGCUUCUAGAAAAUAGAUCACUCGGUAGCGGAUCUAAUAUUUUUAAAGAUUCGCCAUUUCCACUAAUUGCUGAAGUCAUCAUUGAGAAUCUGGAAGUAGGAGAAGUUGAAUUGUACUUUUUAUCGAGAAAUUUUUACAAAUACAGCGAGGAAAUUAUAAAUGAGAUGCCGAAACUCAAACAAAUAACAUUCCAAAUGCUUGAAAAAGAAGAUAGCGACUUAUUUAACAAUUUAAACAACAAAAAUAUCCUUGAGAAGCUUCCUUUUGAACGUUGGUAUCCUUCAAUUUUCUCGUCAAUACUCAACGAACUCUCAUUGAUCAGAAUUUUUGAUCGAAUUGUUGGUGGUUCAACAAAAAUUGUCAUCUUCAUCUUCAUCGUCAUCUGUUCCUACACAAGAUACAAUUUAAAGACACAACUGACUUGUGAGAAUGUCAUAAAAAUCAUCGAGAACUAUCCAGCUGAUGAUAGUGAAAAAUCUGAUGUGAUUGUUAAUAAAACUAUCGAUUUAUGGCAUAAAUUUUCAUCAUCAAAAGCAGCCAACAGAUAAAAUAUUGAAAACAAUUCAAAUCAUUUUGUAAAAUGUUUAUUUUUUAUUUAUGGCCUUUAGUUACACGAUUAAUGCGAUGCAAAUGAAUAAAAAAAUUGCAAUGCUCAAAAAAGUUUCUUUUAAGACAAAGAAUUGAAUGAUUUCUCUUCAUUUUGUUUUGAUAAUUGUAAAUCGCACAUCUAAGUUUGUAAAAUGUUAUUGAUAUAUUUUUACAGCAAAUUUUAUUUAUAUAUUUAAUGCAAAUAUGUAGAU